ACAUCAAUCAUUGUUUUUCUUCUUGGUGGAGAAAUUGCACAACGCUGUUGAUAAUGUCAACGAAUUUUGGUUUCAUGCACAAUAAUCAUGUUCAAGUGGAAUCUCUAUUUUUAAAUCAUAAAUUAGAGAUAAGCAUUAUGGUAAAAUAGAUUACAAUGAAUUGAGUGCACGAACAUACUUCGUAGUACUCCGGAAUAUUUGGGCUAUUUUUUAUAUCAAUGAACAAUCUUUUGAGUAACACUUUCAUUGAGAGCAAAAAAAACACACAUAAUUAGAAAAACUGGUUUGAACCAGAUAUUCCCCUUUGUAAUCUAAGUAAUGUAUUCAUAGAAAUGCGAUAAUUAAAAACGCUGAAGCACACGAAGUUAUGUAAAACAAGUCGCUCAGUGCAGUAUUUGAAGCCGCUGAAAAGAUGAUUGACACAAUUAUGCGUUAUUACACUACUAUUGAUAGCAGCCGGUUAAAACACAUUCUUUUCUUCAUUCCACAGCAUAGAGAACUACAGCAUUUUGAAGAAGAGAAAGCAGACACAAAAGUUCGUUGACCAAAGGUGUAAUAUCCAAUAUUGGAUGAGAAACCAAAGCAGACUGUUACAGCUGAUCUCUGUUUGGAUAAACAACUUUGAGACUACUUACAGUUUGAAAAAUCUUGGAUGAUCACAAAAACCGGUCAUUGACAACGUUUGACCCAAAUUCAAAACGAAUUGGUGGCUCUUUUCAUUCUUGGGCAUUUGUGUAUUCUACCAAACUACUCUUUAGCUAAUAGCAUUUUUCAAACCGAAAUUUUCUGUACGCUAGUUUAACCCUCAAUAUUUCACUCAUGAAACAAAAAAUCGUGACUUUUUCAUGACAAAUCAAAAUUAAAUUAAGCGUAAUUCGUAAACACUUUUGAUAAGAAACGAAAAUCCGGUUUGAGUCAGUUUUUCGGUCAGGGGUGAUAGACCCAUAUGUGAAAUUCAAAACAAUCCGAUGAUAAGACGACCAUUCACUCUUUGGAUGAAAUGUAGCACUUCAGAAUCAAAUUGCCGAGAAAAAAAACUCGUUUUUUCCCACUCUGCUUCGCUUGUUGUCUUUGUCUUCCCAUUCCCAUUCCAAUUGUAUUUAGAGUCAAAAAAAUAUAUAUUCGUUAUCUUUGUCGGUGUGAUUUAAUCUGUCGCACUUUGAUGAAAUAUAAAUAGAAAUGAGUGGAAUGGUUCCAGCUUCAGUUUGAUUCAAACCUUUGUGAGAAACGUAGCAAGAAAAAGUGAUAAUCAUAUCGUUUGACAUACCGUGCAUUUUGUGAGUCAAACAGCAUCCGAUUUUAACGACACAAGUAAUAUAUUCAUUAUUGUAACAAAUUCACUUAAAAAACUUCAUCGUGCUUACCAAAUUUUGUUAAUAAAAUUCGUAAAAUGAGUUAUUUGAUCAAUACCUUAUUGGGCACUACUGGUAAAGUUGAAGCAGGGCCCGUGUGCAAUGGCUAUGAACCGUUGCGUAUUGCCAUAAUCGGUCAAAGUAAUUUCGCCGCAGAUGUGUUGGAACUUUUGGUCGAUGGUGGCUAUGCUGUGGUUGGUGUUUUUACGAUUCCGGACAAGGGUAACCGAGAAGAUAUACUUGCAGCGACAGCAAAACACCACAACAUUCCAGUGUUCAAAUUUCCAUUGUGGCGUCGAAAAGGUGUCGUUUUACCGGAUGUACUUGAGCAAUAUAAAUCGGUUAGGGCCAAUUUAAAUGUGUUGCCAUUCUGUUCGCAAUUCAUCCCGAUGGAAGUGAUUGACGGCGCGAAACACGGUAGCAUUUGCUAUCAUCCGUCUGUGUUGCCGCGUCACCGUGGUGCGAGUGCCAUUUCUUGGACAUUGAUUGAAGGCGAUGAAAUUGCUGGUUUUUCAAUAUUUUGGGCUGACGAUGGUUUAGAUACAGGGCCCAUUCUACUGACAAAACAAUGUAACAUUCAAUCCGAUGACACAUUAGACACAAUCUACAAGCGAUUUCUCUACCCAGAAGGGGUGAAAUCAAUGAAAGAUGCCGUCGAUUUGAUUGCCCAAAAGAAAGCGGCUAAAAUUCCACAAAUCGAAUUUGGUGCAUCUUACGACCCUCCAAUAUUCAAAGAAGAAAACCAAAUCAUUAAUUUGACACAGUCGGCGUAUCGCAUUUUCAAUUUUAUCCGUGGUUUGGAUUCCGUUCCGGGCGCCUUGGCAUACACACUUUCAUCGAAUGGUGACGAAGAACCGAUCCGCCUAUUCGGUGCCAGUUUAUACCAUGACACAAUUCCCUCGGAUGCAAAAACAUUUAAUCUCAAAGGACUGCAGCGUCCGGCAUUGAUUAACGAACAUGGUCUUUUGAUACCCGGAAUUGAUGGCAAAUAUGUAAAUGUAAAACGUAUUAUGCGUAACGGUCGAAUGCUCGCAGCCUGUGAAUGGUUCAGUUCGAAAACCGAACGAGUUACCAUUGAAUUGAGCGACGAAGAGAAAGUGAUUGAAGACCACUUGAAGAAUAUUUGGCGAUCAAUUUUGAAUACGACCAUCGAAUCGCAAACGAAUUUCUUAACCAGUGGCGCUGGUUCGAUGGACGUUGUACGAUUGAUUGAAGAAGUUAAAGAUGCAUUUGAGAUUCAUUUGGAGAAUGCGGUGCUGUUUAUGGCACCAGUGUUUGAAGAAUUUUUGACGGCCGUAGUUCUGGCUAAACGAUCCGGUGCUUCAGGCACUGCAGCCAAUGUCGAAUACAAUGGCAUUACGAUCAACGAGAACAAACGGAAAAUUCGCGUGCCCACACAAUUGUUCAUCAAUGGUAGCUUCACUGAUGGGACGCAUACAAAGAAAAUCGACAUCGUCAAUCCAACAACUGAGCAAGUUAUUUGUAAAAUGCCUGUUGCAACAGCGCAAGACGUUGAUAUUGCGGUAAAAUCAGCGUAUGCCGCUUUCAAAGGACCGUGGAGUGAAACCAGUGCCAGACAAAGGGGACAACUGAUGUACAAAUUGGCUGACUUAAUGGAAAAACACAAAGAAGAACUGGCAACCAUUGAAGCAGUUGAUUCGGGCGCUGUGUACACAUUGGCAUUGAAAACACAUAUUGGCAUGUCAAUCGAUGCAUGGCGAUACUUUGCUGGUUGCGCCGAUAAAAUUGAAGGCUCAACGAUUCCAGUCAAUGCGGCCAGACCAAAUAAUGUACUCACAUACACGAAACGAGAACCAAUCGGAGUGUGUGGUAUAAUAACACCUUGGAAUUAUCCAUUGAUGAUGCUUUCAUGGAAGAUGGCCGCUUGUAUUGCAGCUGGCAAUACGGUUGUUCUCAAGCCAGCCCAGGUGUGUCCUCUAACCGCAUUAAAAUUCGCUGAGUUGACGGUUUUGGCAGGAUUUCCUUCUGGUGUUAUCAAUAUUUUACCUGGAACUGGAUCAGUUACUGGACAAUCUAUAGCCGAUCAUCCUUUAAUCAGAAAACUGGGCUUCACCGGUUCAACGGAGAUUGGAAAGACCAUAAUGACAUCAUGUGCGCAAUCAAAUAUCAAGAAAUGUUCAUUAGAACUCGGCGGAAAGUCUCCACUUGUCAUUUUUGCUGACUGUGAUCUUGAUAAAGCUGUUAAAUAUGGUAUGUCGUCGGUAUUUUUCAACAAAGGUGAAAAUUGCAUAUCGGCGGGUCGUUUGUUUGUCGAAGACAAAAUCCAUGAUGAGUUUGUGCGUCGUGUGCUGAAAGAUGUGAAAAAUAUGAAAAUUGGUAAUCCAUUAGAUCGGUCAACUGCACACGGUCCACAAAACCACAAAGCACACUUUGACAAACUACACGAAUACUGUGAGCGGGGUGUGCGCGACGGCGCCACAUUAGUUUGCGGUGGCAAAAGAGUACCAAAUCUGAAAGGCUACUUCUUCCAACCGACGGUUUUUACCGACGUCGAAGACAAUAUGUACAUUGCCGAAGAAGAGUCGUUCGGUCCAAUUAUGAUAAUUUCGAAAUUCAACGGCUGCGACAUUGAAGGUGUCAUUCGUCGUGCAAACAAAACCGAAUAUGGAUUGGCUAGCGGUGUGUUUACAAAGGAUUUGAGCAAAGCACUUCUUUUUGCCGAUAAAAUUGAAGCGGGAACGGUGUUUGUUAAUGUCUACAAUAAAACUGAUGUGGCAGCACCAUUUGGCGGUUUCAAACAAAGUGGAUUCGGCAAAGAUCUAGGCAAAGAAGCACUCAAUGAGUAUCUGAAAACGAAAUGCGUCACAAUUGAAUAUUAAAUCAUUUGAAAUGCUCCGUUAUGCGAUGAAUAAUGAAGUAAUUUUUAGAAAUAAUAACUAAAAGCAUUUAAUAGAAAUUAAAUUCCCACAAUUUCACCUCUGAAUUCACAUUUAGCUAAUAAAUUAUGGUAUUUCUGCGUAAAAUUUAUCAAAUGUUUUCGUUGCCAUUUAGUUGAUUUAGCAAAUAUACUUCUGCAUUGAGUCAAUGCCAUUGACAUGCACAAAUGGUUGUGUUUUAAGCAUUUUCGUAUGUAAAUUACUUUCAAUUGUUUGAUGAGCCGGUAAAUUGAUAAACAUUAUUAACGAAAAUAUUUGCAAUAAUUCUAUUCGUAAAUGAAAUUUCAUUAAAAAUUAAAAGAAAAGGUUAUAUAUUCAUUAUUAUUAUCAUGAAUUCAAAAAAUCAUCAUCAAAAUGAUGCUGUAUUUCACAUUUUGAUUAGAGUUUUAUUUAAAAUAUUUUGAUCAUUAUUACAAUAAACAUAGCAAUUCAGCUCGAAAUUCAGUUAUCUUUCCAUAAAUCGACCACAAUAGCAGCUUUGUUUCUGUUUUCACCUUGUUUCAUUCAAAUAAAUGGCUAAAUAAAAUAACAAAUGAUUCUAUA